AUGGACAUACAGAAACUUCCCAUUGAGUGGAGCUCCAACAAAAAGGCAUGGAUGACAUCACAGAUCAUGGAGGAAUGGUUAACAGCCUUGAAUGGUAGAAUGAAAAUGCAAAACCAGCAUGUUUUGUUUUUCUUGGAAAACGCAACAUGCCACACCCAUAUCGAACUUUCCAAUGUGCAACUUGCUUGGUUCCCUCCAAACACCACUAGUGUUUCUAAACCAAUGGCUCAGGGCAUCAUUCGGAAUGUUAAGGUCCACUAUCGUAAAUUAUUAAUGCAAUAUUUGCUUGUCAAUAUAGAUUCUACAUCAUCCGCCUCUGAACUUGCAAGAACUGUCUCGGUUCUAGAUGUGGUUAUUUGGAUAAGUCAAGCAGUAAAGAAGUUGUUACCAGAAACUGUGACAAAGUGUUUUGAAAAGGCAGGAUUUUCUACGGUAGAAGUUACUCCUAGUGUAAAAAAUGAGAAUGACCAGAAGGACUUACAACAUUGCAUGAAUGAAGCUGCUUUCAGUAACUGCAAUGCUGAGGACUACAUCAACACAGACAAAGACGUGCAAACAGAAACAGACACAAUUGAUGUCGAUGUAUUAGUUGAGAAUUUUAGAGAAAAUUGA